CAGGACGGGACACAGUCAGCCUGAACUGAGAGGAGAAAAGUGGGCGAUGUUGCAGCGAGGAUCUUGUUUGUGGACACUGUGGGAAGGCUUGUUGAUACAGUCCUGAGGUGCUUGUAGGUAUUUUGAAGCGGUAAGGUUGAGGCAGCGCAGUCGCCGCCGUAUAUAUUUUUUUAGAUCACUUCUGAGAGGAAUACAAAAAAAUGUCGUCUCCAAGUCCGGGCAAGAGGCGAAUGGAUACCGACGUGGUGAAACUCAUCGAGAGCAAGCAUGAGGUCACCAUCCUUAGUGGACUCAACGAGUUUGUGGUCAAGUUCCACGGGCCACCUGGAACGCCGUAUGAAGGAGGUGUGUGGAAGGUUCGGGUGGACCUACCAGAUAAAUACCCCUUCAAAUCACCAUCAAUAGGAUUCAUGAAUAAAAUCUUUCACCCCAACAUUGAUGAAGCGUCAGGAACGGUGUGUUUAGAUGUCAUUAACCAGACAUGGACAGCUCUCUAUGACCUCACCAACAUCUUCGAGUCAUUCCUCCCUCAGCUGCUCGCCUACCCCAACCCCAUCGAUCCUCUGAACGGGGACGCAGCCGCCAUGUACCUUCACCGACCGGAGGAUUAUAAACACAAGAUCAAAGAGUACAUCCAGAAGUACGCCACAGAGGAAGCUCUAAAGGAGCAGGAGGAAGGAGGGGGCGACUCCUCUUCCGAGAGCUCCAUGUCAGACUUUUCGGAGAACGAGGCUCAGGACAUGGAGUUGUAGUGAAAGGGGGGGAUCCGAUCCCCUUCACCUCACAACAGACUGUCAUUUCCUAAAGAGCAGAAACUCAGUACUAUAUUCAUAUUUAAACGAGACAAUUUUUUACAGCAACACAAGGAUUUUUAUGGCUACACAAGGAUUUGCAGUAUGAUAUUGCAGAAAUAUUAACCCUUAUUUAGGAAUUCAUGACCACCUUCCCUUCUCCACCUCCUCGCCCCGAGAGCCUGCUUGGAUCAGAGAGGAGCACGUCAUUCAUUUCCACAAAGUUUUCAUGGCUUCAGGCGGCUUUCUAUCUUGUCCAAACUGAGCCGUGAAACCAACGCGGGGGGGGGGCCAGGAGGUCGAACUGUCAUCGACACAAAACGAGACUGUUUACAAUCAGUUUCCCAUUUGGUUCCACAAGAAGCUGCACCUCACCACCUCUUCUGUUGGGACACGUUUAGGUUUUCAACAUUUUACAGCGUUGUCAGGCAUCUUUUCCUCGCCGACAGAGGACUGCUGGUCUCAAAACAGUGUGGAUUCCCUUUUUUUUUUUUUAAACUGUCACCUUUCCUUUUUGACACUGCUGCCCUGAAGAGUCGCUAUUACAAUCACCUCUUCCAAGGAGCUGGAGGCCACAGUGCAGUCGUACGCUCAUCGCAUACAGACUGAUGUGGCUGCAUAUGGCAUCUCUGACAGGACUGCCAUCUGUGCAAACCCGCAGACACAUCACACGCUAGGAAACACCAACGCAUCAACCAUGACAAGUCACACAAACGCCACAGCAUGUGCGUGCGUGUGCGUGUGUGUGUGCACACACCUGUGUGCAUGCAUGAAUGUAAUCCAGGGAGAAUCAUGGCAUAUUAUUGAUAACCUGUGUUGUUUUGACCCCUGAUGCUCAGCAGAAAUCAGAGAAGUUUCACUUCAUCCUCAUCCUUCUCCUCUUCAACACCCAUUUCCUUCUCCUCCUCUCCCUCCUCCUCCUCUCCGUUUUAGGAAAGUGUUUCUUAUUCUCUGAGUAUCUUUGUAUAUUGUGGCAUGACACAGAAGUAAAGUUGUGUAGGGUUUGUGGAGCUGUAACGCUGUAGACGGGGGGGAGGACACCUGUGCUUGGGGGCCUCUGUGUGUGAGUCAGGGCGGGGUUCGG